AUGAAUUACUAUACCAGUCAACUCUGGAAAUAUAUAGAUUUUGCCGUAGGCACAGAGGAAGAUGUUCAAAUCCGAAGAGAAAUAAACAGAGUCUAUGUGGAUACGAAGAAUGUUUGUCGGACUAGUCAUGAAUUUAUUUCUGGAAGUGCAGCUGAGGGAUUUAAAUUUCUAUGGAGUGAUCUUGAUAUAAUGUGGUCUUUCCCAAUAUAUACUGUUGUCACGGAAUGGGAAGAGUCGAACCACUCUAAAAACAUUGAAUUCAUUGCAAGUGAUAAAGGAUGCAAACCAGGUUUCUACAAACUUCUACCAUAUUAUUGUGCUAAUUUAAAAACAGAGUUUGGAAACGUUUCUGAUGAUGAUUGUUUUUCUAGAAUAAGGUUUCUGGAAGAAGUGCGCAAGCAUGGCUUCAACAAAAACAUUGAUAGCACAAUUCAUGGACCAUGUAUUGCAUCGUUUAUCCCAAAAGAGCACGACAUUUGUUCCUGCUUACCUAUUCAUUCAGUUUCCUCAAAUAAAUUUUUAAAGAAUUUUUCAACAAAAUUUUGGAAUAAUUUAAAGUCACGUCUGUUAAAAAAAAGUAUCACUGUGAUGCAUAUGGUUCCAAAAGGUCCUACAGAAGGUGAUGUGAAAGGUAUUCAGUGGCUUAAAUCGUUUUCUGUUCUUGAGCAACAAAUUGUUCAUUCACUAAAUCACGUUCAAUUCUGUUGCUAUGGUUUAUUAAAAAUCGUUAUUCGUGAUAGAAUUAAUGCGCAUAUUGAAAUACAUGACACAUUGUGUUCUUACCAUUUGAAAACAGUUUUGUUUCAUGUAUUGGAAGAUGUGCAUUCAGACUUUUGGAUUCCAAGUAAUAUAUUCUGCUGUUUUUGGAUUUGUUUUACACGUCUUCUAUUAUUUGUGAGAAAAGGAGUUUGUCCUAAUUACUUUUUACCUGAAUGCAAUCUUUUUCGAAAGGAAAGAAUUUUGACAAGAAAAGGCAAAAUUGAAGAAAUUCUUUUCGAUGUUCUGAAAUACGGACCAAGAUAUUUGGUGCAUGUAUGCACUAUUUCCUCUCUUGAUAAUCCUGCUUUUUUGUUGCAACAUGUACAUAAAUCAAAAAAAUUACGAGACUUUAUAACAUUCUCUUUUGCACUGAUAGAAGCAAAAGGAUACCAGACAUCAUAUCGGGAAUGUAUGCUUUCCAUUGUAAAAAUCUUUAAACUCUUUGAAAGUGAGACAGACGAUAGAAUAGUGGCAGCGCUGAAAUAUCUUUUUAUAGGUUUUAUAAAAAGGGCUGGAGUCAUUCUUUAUGAAAGGUUUGUUCUUACUAAAUUUACUGAGUAUUUAUUGUCAGCAGAAGCAGCCUUCAUUUUGGAACGAAAUUUUCUUGCAUCUGGAGGGCUGCAUUUAGCGACAGUGUGGUAUUGCCAGGGAAAAUAUAAUUAUGCAAUAGAAGUACUCCAUCAUGUUCUCAACAAAUUAUCAGAAAGCGCACUUUUGUGUGUUAUCAAUAAUGAUUCCCUACAACGUGACAUUGACAAUCCUUCAUGUAGUUUUACAUAUUUGACAGCAAACUAUUGCUCAUGGCAUAUUUACUUAUAUAGAAAUAGCUCUUUCUGUCCAAAAGAUCUUAAAAAUGAUGUUUGUGCGUGUGCAAUGAAUGAAUUCGUAAUGUAUGAUAAAUCAUACGCUUUAUUCCUUAUGUUCCUUUGUAAUCUGGAGAUUGGACAGAGAAAAAGCUGCACUAAAAAUCUUGAAAAACUGAAGAAAUCUUUUAAAGAUUAUCGCUGUCUUCAACUUGGUUUAAACGCUAAUGAAAAUUCGAAAAAACUUGCGCUGAUAGCAGAGAAGAGAUUGAAAGAAUUGAUUUGA